AUGUGGAACUGCAGGGGGCUUGGGAACCAACUGGCAGUUCAGGAGCUUGUGGAAGUGGUGCAGGCGAAAGCUCCCAAUGUCGUGUUCUUAGCCGAAACACUGGCAGACGAGGUAAGGCUUGAAUAUGUCAAGGAUAGGAUACGGUUUGAUAAAGUGUUCACGGUGGGAAGGGUGAACAGAGGCGGCGGAUUAGCAUUGCUGUGGAAAUCUGAUAUUGAGGUCGAGGUUGUUACGUCCUCGGUGAACCACAUUGAUGUUACAAUCAAUAAGAACUCUGGGGCUGCCUGGCGUUUCACUGGGUUCUACGGUGAACCAGAGACACACAUGCGUCAUGAGUCCUGGGAUCUUCUCAAGAACCUUCACAGACAGAGUUCUAUGCCGUGGCUUUGUGUCAGCGAUUUCAAUGAGAUAACUAAACAGUCGGAAAAAAUGGGUGGUAGAUUGAGGCCUUUCUCGCAAAUGCAGAAUUUCAGGGAGGCUUUAAACGAAUGUGGGCUAAUGGAUUUGGGGUAUAUAGGUUCACCUUUCACAUGGAGCAAACAUUAUAGGAGUGGAGCGUCAAUAUGGGAAAGGCUGGACAGGGCAGUGGCUUCACACGAUUGGUUUAUUAGAUUUCCUGGCUCUCGUGUCCACCAUGUGGACAGUUCAACAUCGGACCAUAAAUUUUUGUGGAUUGACCCUUCAUUCCUGGACUUUCAGUUAAAAAAGAAGGUCUUCAGGUUCGAAGAUAUGUGGUUGGCGGAUAAAGGUUGUGGCGAAACAGUUGAAGGAGUGUGGCAAGCCAGUUUUGAGGGGCCUGUGAAUUCGAAGGUGAUCAGGAAAAUAGAGAGAUGUGGGAAAGAGCUGACUCUCUGGAGCCGUAACAAGUUUGGUAACAUCCGGAGGGAGCUGGUUAAAAAAAGAAAAGAACUAAACUGGGCAGAGCAACAAGCCGUGAGGACUGGGCUCUCUUUUCGGGUUGUGCUCUUAAAGAAGGAAAUUAAUUCUCUAAUGGGGAAAGAAGAAAGGAUGUGGAGACAGAGGUCUAGGUUCACUUACAUCAAAGAGGGUGAUCGAAACACCCGUUUCUUCCACAGCCGUGCCACAAUGAGAAAGCGAAGAAAUUUUAAUUCAGAAGCACUUGACUCUAUCCCGCAGGUUGUGACUGGUGAGAUGAAUGAGAUUCUGGUUUCCGAAUUCAGACCCAUUAGCCUAUGCAAUGUGCUUUACAAAAUAUUCUCCAAAGUCUUAGCAAAUAGAUUGAAAAGAGUGCUUCCUCAAAUCAUUUCUGAGCAUCAGAGUGCUUUCAUUAAAGGUCGUUUGAUCACGGACAAUAUCCUAGUGGCCUACGAGACUCUUCAUUACAUGAAAAACCAUAAUUCAGGGAGUUCGGGUUUUAUGGCCCUCAAAUUAGAUAUGAGCAAAGCCUACGAUAGGGUGGAUUGGUCUUUCCUGAAAAAUGUUAUGUUGCUUAUGGGCUUUGAUGAGCGAUGGGUGGCUCUUGUUAUGGAAUGUAUCACUACGGUGACAUACUCCAUAUUGAUUAACGGUGAACCCAUGGGUAACAUUAAGCCGAGUAGAGGUAUUCGCCAAGGCGACCCUCUUUCUCCUUACCUAUUCUUGAUGUGUUCCGAUGGUCUUCACAGGAUGAUCCAAAAGGCGGCUUGCAAUGGGGAUAUCAAAGGUGUCUCUAUUUGCCGCAAUGGCCCAAAGCUGACUCAUUUAUUUUUCGCCGACGAUAGCCUCCUAUUCUGUAGGGCUACCAUCCAGGAAUGUCGAAAAAUUAUGGGUAUACUUGCUGCAUAUGAGAAGGUUUCGGGGAAAAAUUGA